GAGUGCGAUGCUCCAGUCCAGCGCUGCCUGAACCAACCCAGGAGAGGAGGAGAAGAGGAGCAACAGAGAGGAACGGGAGGAAUCCAUUAAAAAAAAUAGCUGGAAGACGGAGAUAGAGGAGAAUGGAGGAGCGGAGAACCAGCAGAGACACAGAAGCCUGCUUGGCCAGGCUCACAUGAGUCCCCACACCAGACUGAACCAGAACCAGAACCAGAACCAGAACCAGUGAUGAGUGAUGGGCGUCUGUCUGCACAAACUACAGACGCUCCUUGAAACUCCGUAGAAGUAGAUGAGUGCUGGUGUGUGUGUCAGUGUGAGAGCAUAUGACAGACCAGCUGUUUUAGGAGGUAAACAGGGUCAGGUGCCCCCAGGAGGAGGACACGAGGAGGGAAGCAGGAGGACAGACGCAUGGACGGAGAAUCUCACCUGCAGACGGUGUUGAGGACGAGAGCAGCCAGCGAGUAGACCAGCUUCAUCUAACCAUCUCAGGUGUUGAGGGACAGCAACAAUCAGCAACGAUGAGGUCCCACUGAGCUUCGUCUAGGUCUUUUUUCUUUUACACGAGCCACCUGAAGGCACUCCCUACCUCAUUCCAACCCAACAAGUGGAUUUGAAGACUCAGAAAGGAGGACUUUAACACCAGGUGGUGCCCCGUUUCCUGUCCCAGUGGAUGCCUGUGAGCCCUAACCAUGGGAGAAUGGACCAUCCUAGAGCGCCUCCUGGAGGCCGCCGUGCAGCAGCACUCUACUAUGAUCGGAAGGAUCCUGCUAACAGUAGUGGUGAUCUUCCGUAUCCUGAUCGUCGCCAUCGUUGGUGAGACCGUGUACGAGGACGAGCAGACCAUGUUCGUCUGCAACACCCUGCAGCCCGGCUGCAACCAGGCCUGCUACGACAAGGCCUUCCCCAUCUCCCACAUCCGUUACUGGGUCUUCCAGAUCAUACUGGUGUGCACGCCGAGCCUCUGCUUCAUCACCUACUCGGUCCACCAGUCAGCCAAGCAGAAAGACCGGCGCUACUCCUUUCUCUACCCCAUAAUGGAGAGGGACUACGGGGGAAGGGACGGGGCGCGAAAGCUCCGCAACAUUAAUGGGAUUCUAGUUCAGCAUGGCGGGGACGGAGGAGGAGGGAAGGAGGAACCAGACUGCCUGGAGGUGAAGGAGAUUCCCAACGCCCCCCGGGGCCUCACCCACGGGAAGAGCUCCAAGGUUCGCCGGCAAGAAGGGAUCUCCCGCUUUUACAUCAUUCAAGUGGUGUUUAGAAACGCACUGGAGAUUGGCUUCUUGGCAGGCCAAUACUUCCUGUACGGCUUUAGUGUGCCUGGGAUAUUCGAGUGCGACCGCUACCCGUGUUUGAAAGAGGUGGAGUGCUACGUGUCCCGGCCCACGGAAAAAACGGUUUUCCUGGUGUUCAUGUUCGCGGUGAGCGGCAUCUGCGUGGUCCUCAACCUGGCCGAGCUCAACCAUUUGGGCUGGCGCAAGAUCAAGGCCGCCAUCAGGGGCGUCCAGGCCCGCAGGAAGUCUAUCUGCGAGAUCAGGAAGAAAGACAUGGCGCACCUGUCCCAGCCGCCCAACCUGGGACGCACCCAGUCCAGCGAAUCAGCCUACGUCUGAUGGUGAAGAGACGAAGAAGAUGAGGAGGAGCGGGGUGAAUGUGCAAGAGAGAGAAUGAAUUAUGAUUUUAAUUUUAAUGGAGAUGGAACAGAGAUGACCCCUCCUCUGAAUGAAACAGAAUGUAAAAAGACCAAAAAUCCGACCCUGUGACUUUCAGCGUUGAGAAGGAGGAGGGGGAGAAGAAAAUUAAAAAGCAUAGCGAGAAGAUAAGAGAGGACAAAAAGUUCUGUUCUGCACAUGAACAUGAUGAACACAGUUUGGUCUCAUGGGGAGAUAUUCCAACUGCCAUUUUAUACUUUUGUCUUUUUUUCUUCUUUUUUUAAACUAAUUACCUUCUCCUCUGCCCCUCAUUUCUUUUAAAGUGGGGUAUUUAUCCCUCAAGGGGGCUGGGGAUGGAAGGAGUAGAGAUAAGAUGAGGAGGAGGAGGAGAAGAAGGGAGAGGAGAACAGCUGAGAGGCUGUUUUUAUUCUUUUGGGGAUAUUUGAAGAUGAUGGCGGUUUGAUGCAUCCCAUGGUGCUUUUCUUCUGGACUGUGUCAGCCUCAAUGAAAAAAAGGGAGGACUAGAUCGGGGAUGGAACUGUGGAGGAUGAGCAGCAUCAUUAAAAAAAGAGGAACGGAAGAACUGUCAAAGCCAUGACGGACUCUAGAGGACGAGUUUGUGAGAGAGCGAGAGAAGGUGGGAAACAACAUGUGACAUACCCGAGGAGGAGAGGAGAGUUGUUCUUUCUCUUCCUCCUGUAGACAGAAGGAGCUCUGAUCAGUGUCAGCCUUGCCUCUGUUGGAACAUCGUCACGAGCCAAAGCCAAGAGAAAAAGACCGACGAUGUUUAUGUUUUGUCCUCUUGGCAGAAGAUGAUUUUAACACAAACACAGCGAGUACCAUAAACAUUUUUUUCUUUUCUUUCCUCUCCCCCGAUCUCUCGCUCUCUCUGCUCCACGGUUGGCAGCUACAUAGACCCCCGGGGCUUCUGGUGACAGUAAUGACUCUCGCUGCUCUCCUUCUGCAUAAACUUUGGAGAGGAACUAAUGAACAAAAUGGACAAACAGAGUGUAAACAUCGAGUCUCUCCUAAAGCACAAACCAAACUUCCCUCCUCGCAGCAUUCCAGUGUGCUGAGAGACGGAAAGAGAGAGAGGAGAGGACGGGAACGGGAGGAACAGAUCACUUUAUUACAACUUUAAACAAAUUUUAUAAAAUAUAUCACCAUGAGGUUUUUUUUUUGAGAAAGUGAAGGUGCCAUCCUGAUAUUUAAUUGUUGUUAAAAAAAAAGUUACAUAGAGUAUAUCAUGGAAAUAUUAUUUAUCCAUUUAGAAUAUAUCCAAAUAGAUUUAUUUAUCUUUGCGUGCGGGUUGGUUGGAACGUCAUGAUGUUUUUUUUUUAUGUUAUGUAUAAAAUUGUCCUUUUUUUUCAUUUUUGUUUAGUUAUAAAGCAUUUCUCACUGAUGGAACUGAUGACCGGCAUGUACGGGGGGAGGGAAGGGACAAGUUUGUGAGCUUUGUUUUUUGAAACGUAUUGAGGCUGUGCAGCUGAUUUUUUUUAAGUUCUUUUUUUACAUGCAACUGUUUAAGAUUCAUUUCAUCAUUGCAUUCAAAAUGUAGAACAAUGCAUCUUAUUGCAUUUUCCACAGAGAGCCUUGGUUUUCCUCAAAAAUCAGCUGCACAGCUUUUAGAAAAUCAAGGCCUGUGAGCCAAUUUGAAAAAGGCAUGUUUACAUGACGCGAUGUUUCUUGAAUGAUCAACGUGUAGCCGAUGAGUAGUAACUCUCUAGAGGCAGUCGUGUUUUUGAAUCUCAGUGGUUUUCAUUUUUUUUGCGUUUCUUUCCUGACUGGAUUUCAGCAUGCAUGCCUUUGUAAGAGAAAAGAACGCCAUGAAAGAAAAAAAGAUAAAGAUGACAGAGAGCGUUGCACCUUGAUUAAUGCAGACUAUAGUGGGAGAGUGGCAGACUGGAGGAACUCACGCUGACACAAGUGCAUCAUUUAAAACAGUGAGCUGUGAAACCAGACAUAGGGAUCAUUCAGUGGACUGCUCUUUUAAAAGAACACUUGACAAAGCAAUUUAGAUUAGAUUAGAUUAGAUUUGACUUUAUUAAUCCCACAGCGGGGAAAUUUCUUUGUUACAGCCGCAGAAAAUCACACAAUUUUAAGAUAAGAUAAAAAACAAUCUAAGAAAAGACAUUUAACAAUAUACAAAAUGUACAAAAUAAUAAUAAUAAUAUACUAUAUACAACUUAGUGCAAAUUUAUGCUCAUUGAUCCUGUUGCAGAGACAGUGAUAUAGUGACUAUACUUAACCAGGGGUUGGCCACCUUUACUAACAAAAGAGCCACUGUUGGCCAAAAAAAGAGGAAUAAUGUCAGAAUGGAGCCACAGACCUUAUUUUAAGCCUUAAAAUGAUGAUAAAAUAGCCUAAUAAAUCUAAACUAGCCUACCAGAAUCACUAAUACGUCAUAAAUAGCAUUUCUUGACAUGAUUUGGUCUGAAUGCAGCAAUGCAAAACUACAAUUAUGGAAAAAAUGAUUAGACCACCAUUGUUUU